GAUUGGAUUUGAUUAAAACAAAAAAACAAAAGGCACUUACAUAAAAAGAUUAAAAUUUUGUAAGUGGGAUGGCUUUUAAAGUGGAAACUGCUCCACAAAUAUAUGAUGCAGCUGAAUCAAAAAUAAAUAUGUUAUGUUUAUUGAAUCGAGAACCACCACUUACAUAAUAAAUAUUAUGAAUUGGAUUAAGUUUUGUCUGGACAUGAUGAUUACUAGUCACUAGUUUCCCUAUAAGAACAUGUGGCCUGGCCCUGUGUAAUAUACACAAUUGAAUCAAAGACUAAUUAAUCAUGCCAAACAUAACAACGAUCAAGACCUCAUCGGACGGAGCCUGGCAAGGCGAUAACCCUCUCAACUACGCCUUCCCUUUGCUAAUACUUCAAACCAUUUUGGUUCUCUUCAUAAGCCGCUGCCUAGCUUUACUUCUCAAGCCAUUCCGCCAGCCCAAAGUCAUUGCCGAGAUUUUAGGUGGGAUUCUGCUUGGACCGUCUGCACUUGGCCGAAACCAAGAUUUCACGAAGUGGGUUUUCCCUUCAUGGAGCACUCCUAUUCUGGAAUCUGUAGCCAGCAUAGGCCUCCUCUUUUUUCUCUUCUUGGUCGGUCUUGAGCUUGACUUGUCCUCCAUUCGCCGUAGUGGUCGCCGAGCUUUCACCAUAGCUCUGGCUGGCAUAUCACUCCCUUUCAUAUUCGGUAUCGGAGUCACCUUUCUACUCCGUCGAGUCGUCAAGGGAGAGGAAAAAUCCGGCUACCUUCAGUGCCUUGUAUUCAUGGGAGUCGCCCUUUCCAUAACAGCUUUCCCUGUCCUGGCCCGCAUCUUAGCCGAACUCAAGCUUCUCACCACCCAAGUUGGAGAAAUGGCCAUGGCCGCUGCAGCUUUCAACGACGUGGCUGCAUGGAUUCUACUCGCCCUCGCAGUAGCUCUGGCGGGAGGGAGUAGCAGCAGCUCCUUGGUGUCGAUCUGGGUUCUGCUAUCGGGUGUAGCUUUCGUGGCUUUCAUGAUGCUUGCGGUUCGACCCGUGAUGAGAUGGGUGUCCAAACAAUGCUCGUCCGGCCACCAGCAGGUGUCUGGGGACGAAGUGUAUAUGUGCCUGACAUUGGGAGGGGUGAUGGCGUCAGGUUUCUUGACGGACUUGAUCGGAAUCCAUUCGAUUUUCGGGGCAUUCGUUUUCGGGCUGACAAUUCCGAAAGAAGGAGAGUUCGCAGGGAGACUGAUAAAAAGGAUAGAGGAUUUCGUGUCGGGGUUGCUGCUGCCGCUCUACUUCGCGUCGAGUGGGCUUAAGACGGACGUGACAAAGAUAAGAGGGGCGGAGGCAUGGGGCCUGCUGAUGGUGGUCAUAUCAACUUCCUGCGCCGGUAAGAUUCUGGGGACGUUUGUGGUGGGUAUGCUGUGUAAGAUUCCCGCCAGGGAUUCCUUGGCCUUGGGUGUGCUUAUGAAUACCAAAGGAUUGGUGGAGCUCAUUGUUCUUAAUAUCGGCAAGGAGAAGAAGGUGCUAAAUGACGAGAUGUUCGCCAUUUUGGUUAUGAUGGCCUUAUUUACUACUUUCAUGACCACACCAACAGUCAUGGCUAUCUACAAGUCGAAGUCGCCAUCCAACAUUAUUAGUUCAUCAUUGAAUUCAAAGUUAACAAAAGCCAAGGAAUCUCAGUUGCGAAUCAUGGUUGUCAUCCAUGAACCCGAAGGCGUACCCUCACUUCUCAGCCUCAUUGAAUCCCUAAAAAGCUCACCUAUCAAGCUUUAUGUUAUGCACCUUGUGGAGCUCACUGAUCGUUCGUCCUCCAUCAUGAUGGUCCACCGAGCUCGCAAAAAUGGCUUUCCUUUUGUCGACCAUAUCUGCAAAGAUAGUUCUACAUUGUACUACCAAAACCAAAUAGUUGCUGCAUUUAAAGCCUACAGCCAUGUCCACAGCCAAAUCACCAUACGACAUACAACUGCUAUCUCAGGGUUAUCUUCUAUGCACGAAGACAUACUUCAUGUUGCCCAAGCCAAGAGGGUGUCGAUGAUAAUUUUGUCAUCAAUGGAAGUCUCGGGACAUUGUUGGAAAGUGAUAAAUCAGAGGGUUCUAAAGACAGCACCAUGCUCGGUAUCUGUGUUUGUUGACCGCGGCUUCAAAUUGAGAUCUGAAUCUGAUCAAAUGCUUAUUGCUUCAGCUAGUACAUCUACUAAUAAUACUACAACAACAAUAGCAACUAAUAUUCCAAAGAAGGUGUGUGUUUUGUUUUUGGGAGGACCAGACGAUCGACAAGCUUUGGAGUUGGCUGGGAGGAUGGCUCACCAUGUAGAUGUCAUGGUGACUGUCAUCAGAUUAACCUUCAGAUGUUAUGAUAACCAUGAUCAUGAAAGACAUUGUUGCUCAAUCUCCAUCGUAAAUGAUGAGAAAGAGAAGGAGCUUGAUGAGGGUGCAAUGGUUGAAUUGAAGAUGUCAAAAGAAGUAGAGUUCAUAGAGAAGGUGGUGGAGAAUGACAUAAUGGAGACGGUAAGGAGUAUUGGGCAGAGUAUGGUGUACGAGCUAGUUCUUGUUGGAAAGGGACGAUUUCCAUUAAGCAUGGUAUCUCCAUUACUGAAUCACAACAUUGAUGAACAAGUCAAGUUGGGGCCCUUAGGAGACGCAUUAGCUUCUUCUCGAGAUGUCAUUUCUUGUUCUGUGCUUGUUGUGCAACACAAAGAGCCACUCCAGUCAACGUCAUCUGAAUUACUUUUGCCCAAAAAGGAUGGAAUUCUAGUUGCCGAAAAUGACGACGACCCUUCUCAUGUGUGAAACUAGUUGUUUAUGUGUACUUAUAGGUAUCUUCUAUACACCAUUAAUGCUUUUAAAUAAAAUAGUUUGCUUUCGUUUGAUAGAUACCAAAGUUGUGAAAAACCUCUCCGGGAGUAAUUUUGAUUUAAAGGGACAUUACUAUCAGAUCUGUUUGAAAAAAUGUUAGCCCAUUGUCAGACUAAUUUCCCUCCUCGAAAGUCAUUAAGAACUUGAUAAACAAUUCGAUUCGUUUGGUAUGUCGUAUUACACCGUAUUGUAUUGUACAGUAUUAUAUUGAAUUGUAUUUUAUAUAAUAUUUUUAUGUAAAACUAUAAGUUGUAU